AUGGUCUACAACCCCAAUCCGCGGACCCGGGAUGAUGAGACAGUCUUCGUGAAUCCUCAGAUCAAGGCCUUGGGCAACGAGAAGGACUACCAGGCGCUCGCUUACACCAUUGUGACCACCUAUCCCUUCGCCUUGCUGGUCUCCAAGCUCUCCCGAAUCGAUGAGGCCACCUUCGUGCCCUGUAGCCAAAGAGCCUGCACAUUCAUGAAGAUCUUCGGCAGCGGUAUGGUUCCUUCAACCGUGAACGCCUUCAAUUUGAAGCAUGCGUUCGACGUGGUUGUGAACGGCAAUUUGAGCCAGAGCGAAUUGAGCGAGGACUUUUUGUCACCGCUUUGCCCAACAUAUUCGGCUGAGCACAUGCGGCACCAGUGUGAUUCUCGCUGGGCGCGCGAUCGAAUCAUCAAUCCUUUGGACAAAUCUUGGUGUCGUGUGAUCUAUGUGUGGUUCAUUACCUUGUGGUCCGUGUUCAAAGUUCUUCACGAUUGGCUGCUGCUGGGCGGAGCACAUGAAUACACAACCUUACGCAUUGGUUGUGCCUCAGUCUUUUUCCAGCUCAUGGCUGUCUCGACUGCUUUUCUAUGGAGCAUGGGCGCAGUUGAAGUGUUUGUCGCCGAACUGGUCCCAGGAAAAUGCGCUUGUUACUAUGUGCUUCCAGAGUUGGAGGCCAUCUUAGCGAUCGGCACGCCCUUCUUGUUGUUUGUGAAUGCAGUGAAGAAGCUGGAGAUGGUGCAUCGGGCCCCCUUGGUAGGAGACUAUCUCUACUACCAGCAGUAUGAGGUUCCUUUCCGGCUGGCUUUGAAGUCUGGUGCAGUGGACUAUAGCACUUGCUUGGUGGGCACAGCAUGUGGCUACCACCACGAAGAAUGGGAGGAACGGCUGGCGAUUUCGGAACUGCGAUGUUUGCACACUGUGCAUUCGAUGAUGUGCUAUGUGCUUUUCUUGGGUGUUGUGUCAGCGUUUGUUGGCUUGGCCAUCGGGCCUGUAACGGCGAGAGCAAUUGAGCUUCUGACACAGCUAAUUGGGAAUGGUAUGUUGCCUUUGGAUCUACUGGUUGCCGUACUUGCUAUCGCAGUGUGGUUUUUCCCGACCUAUUUGAUUCUGCGACUCAUCGAAGCACUACCCGUGAAUUUCCACGACUGCCAGACACGCCCAGAGCUUUGGGAGUAUCAGUGUCCCAAGUUCAACUUGUUGAUCCGAGUCGCGUUUAUUGUCUUCUUGGCCAUUUGCCUAUUCUGGGCCUCGUUGAUUCUAACCUCACCUUUGGCAGAGGUCUUGACCCAGAGACACGUGACCUUCAAUUCCAGAGUAGCACUUCGAAUCGCGGUGGCCGGGAUCAUUUACUUUGGAUUUGGAGUGCAGAUGUUCGUGUGGAUCGUCUAUUUGAUUCCCACUCAUCGAGCUCUCUUCGUGAAGGCACGGAAGCCGUAUCGUCCCUCCUCCUACAUUGAGAUUGGAGAGAAUCAUCCUGAGUUCAACUUGGAAAAGGAGGUGCAAUUGGCCAGAGUUUUUCUGAAAGAGAAUCGAAAUCCUGAAAACCUGGAAAUGGUGGAGGGUUGGCAAGAAAGAUGGCGUGAAAUCUUGGACCCUGAGUCUGAACACGACGACUCCGAUGAGGCCCGCGAGGCUCUUUUGAUUUGUUCUUCUUGA